ACGCGGGGGCGCCCUGGCCACUGAGCUCCGCCGAGCAAGCGAGCGCUCAGCGCAGAGCCAGAGCUGCGCGCGCGUCCGGUUCCGAGGCCGUCGCCAGCCCACCAGCAUGGCCCCCUCAGCGCCGUCGGGCGGCAGCAGCCUGCCUAGCGGUUUCGCGGUCUUCAUCACCUUCCCGGACCUGCUCUUCAUCUUCGAGUUUGUCUUUGGGGGGCUGGUAUGGAUCCUGAUUGCCUCGUCCCACGUGCCCAUCCCACUGAUCCAGGGCUGGGUCAUGUUCACGUCUGUGUUCUGCUUCACAGUCACCACCCUCCUGCUCUUCCUGUAUGUAAUUUGUGCCCAUGGCAGCAGAACUUCCUGGAUCACCCUGGAUGCAGCCUACCACUGUAUCGCCUCCCUGUUUUACUUUGGUGCCUCUGUCCUGGAAGCUCUGGCCGCCAUCGAGCUGCAAGUGGGCUUCCCCUACAAACAUUACCAUGAAAACAUCGCUGCUGUGCUCAGGUUCCACUUCACCUGCUUUGGAUCCUCAUGAGCGUGAUGUGCCCUCUCCCAGGUCUGGCUUCCCUCUCUUCACCUCAGGUGUUUUCCUUCGUAGUCACUCUGCUGUACGUGGUCCAUGCAGUGUUUUCUUUAAUCAGAUGGAAGUCUUCCUAAAGCAGCAGAAGAACUUUAGCUGAAAACCAAGAGGAUGUUAACUGAUCGGCCCGCCUUCCAGCAUUAACACUUUAGAAUGCAGAAAUGCUCUUGAUAGUGGAUAAAGAGAGAGGUUUACGCUCCCAUAUACCUUCAUGGCAGAGUAGGAGGCUUGCUACAUUUAUCCUCCAACUAUUGAGCUGUCUUUCCAAGACCGUUUCCUAUUUGAAAGGGGGCAUUGGGGAGUGGGGAGUGUGAUCUGAGAGACCACAAAACUGGACUGCUGACUCCUGGACCGGAUCGUGAGAACCGUCUACCGGAAUUUUCCUCCGGCUCUUCUGAGUGUCCAUCUUGCAGCAAGUUUCUCUGUCUUCAAGAAUAUUCUACCUGUCAUGGGGAAUAAAAUUCACCCAACAAAUAUUUGCAGAUGUCCACAGUGGGAUGUGAUAAACCUUUGCAAUACUUUAUAAAGUACCUUUAUGUUCAAUACUU